AUGGCCGCGAGUGAAGCCCACGACGCGGGCGCCGAGCCGGCGGAGCGUCAAAGUCGGAUGCUUGAGUCAGCGCGGAGCCACGUCGAACUUGUCGAUGUUUGCGUACGGGAAGUCGAUGCCCUCAUUGCGCGGCUGCAGCCCAAGUGCAACCCGAUGCUGUCGACUGGCCUGCCGACGUAUCUUCGCACGCUGCAGCGCGAACAUGUUCUCCUCCGGGAGCUCGUCGCGGAACUUGCGGGCCCAAACUGCGCCGACGAGUCCCUCAAGCUGCAGGACCGACGCCUCGAGGCCAGCGUCAACGUCGUCAGCCGCGGCGUCGCCCAGUGGGAGCGACUCAAGCGGUCUCGCAGGAUCGUCACCGUCAACCAGGCCUUCCAGGGGUCGUCGCGCGAUGACCGCCGCAGCGAGGUGGCCAAGCUCGACAUGGCGGGCCGCGAGAAGCAGAAGAUGCACCGCAUCCUCAAGGAGCAGGGCCGCGUCGAAGUCGACGUCGUCGAGGGGGGCCGCGAGUGGCUGGCCGUCAAGACGGUCCAGCGGGAUCGCCUCGCCCGCCAGUUGACCGACUGCGGCUGGUCGUGGGGCGAGCACGAGCUGGGGGAUCGCGUGGAUGAGGAUGAAUGGGACGAUGUGCCUCUGGCCAAGUACGUCAGGAGGUUGGUUGCUGCGGCGAGGAUGAACCGUCACAAUUACCGCUUCCCCCGGAUCCGCCUCAUACUGUCGAGUCUGAGUCGCGCAGAUGACGAGAUAGACAUCUUUAUCGACCAGCUAGUCCAUAUAGACCCUCUGGUUGAAGUCAUCAUGGAGUACCAGGAGGGCGCCUUCAUGUCGACUGCGCCCCCGCCUCUUGAUGUCGCCCUCGACAACCUCGUUGGCGACGAGCUUGAGGAUCUUACUGCUACCCUCAACCUAGACCAUACUAUUCUCAUCGAUCUCAUUUCAGAUCUCACACAUGCAAGUCUCGAGCCACAACUCUGGCAAGCCCCGACCACCCGCGCACAGAUUGAGGAGGAGAACCGCCACGACGGGGGACUGAUGGCCCGCACGCUGUACCCCGUGUUGGCAGGUCGGAGGCUAGUGUGCACGUCGGAGGCGGCAGAUCACUUCCACUAUGUCCUGCGUAACGUGGGCACGGAGACGGAGCGUGAGAGAGCGAGGUUGCUGGUGCCCUGGGACGACGAGACGCGGAGUAUGUCGACCAAGGACAUCCGAGACCGCUUCCAGCAACUCUCCAUCCACCAACUCCCCGAUGAUGUAAAAGUCCCCAUCGACAUUAUCCCCGAGCCGUGGGAUAUGCCCGCCAUCUCCCAAGCCGUCUCCAGCGGCGUCCUUCCUCGCGUAGCCCUCGACGUUGCCGAAGCCAGUGCCUUCAAGAGCUCCAAGCUGUCCAUCUUCAUAUACGGGUGGGCAGCCGGCGUAGCGACGGUGACGAGCAACAAGGAAGUGCGUCGACAGGUGCGGGCGUGGGUCAAGUUGAAUGCCCGGUCGGAAGACGACAUUGGGCCGUUGAUAUGGACGCUGCAGGUCACGCGGAACUUGCUGGCCAAGAAUGCGAGUCCAAGACCGGGGUGGCACGACAAGUCCACAGGGAGUGAUUGUGGAGCUUAUGAGGAUGAUAACGAUAAUGAGUGA